GCGCCGGAGACGAGGCUGGUCGGUGUGCCGACCGGUCAACUGGAAGAGGGUCGCGACCAGCUGGAGAUCCGAUGCCUAGCCGACGCGAAUCCACCGGCCUCGAUCCUCUGGAGGAGAACCAAGAGCCCGGGAGUCACCGAGGUGGCCAGCAUCGGUGAGACGUUGCUGUUCUCGCCGAUCUAUAGGAAUCACGCGGCCGUCUAUAUCUGCGAGGCGGCCAACACCGAGGGUGAAAGCAGCCCGGUCUCUGUUCAAGUGUCCGUCAACUAUCCGCCGACCAUCAGCUCGGUGGGCCCGGAUCGGCUGACCACGGCGUUACUCUUUUCCGGGGCGUCGUUCGAGUGCAACGCUGACGCGAUGCCACCAGCUGAAUACAGAUGGGCCCAGAUCUUCACCGAUGGCCGGAUGCCAUUGGAAUGCGGUACCGGGCAACGAUUGAUCCUGACGAACGUGACGUACGAGCAACAGGGUCAAUACAUAUGUCUCGCCUCGAACAAAAUCAAUGGGAACGUCAGGGAAGUCAAAAGCGAUCCUGUAUCUCUACAAGUGGUCGGCGCACCUAGGGUGGUGAAACCGGCCAUCACGGAGAAGUUUGUCGUGGCAACGACCGAGGGGAACCCAGCGAAAUUAGAGAUCAGAUUGUGUUCCGACCCGAAGCCCCGGCUCGUGGCUUGGGAAUGGGGCAGCACCAGACUCCACGCCGGUGAGGUUCUGGAGUCGCGGUAUCGAGCAUUGGAUCUGGAGCCGCUGGCGGUCGAAGAUUGUUACAUAGCCGUUUUAGAACUGACUAGCACGGUGAAGGAGGAUCAGAGACUGUACCACGUAAUCGUGGAGAACGAUCGUGGAAGCGAUCGUCGGGCUCUGAUGCUGAGAGUCGACGAACCGGGCCAGAUUCCACUCGUUAUCGGCGCUGUCGCUGGGUUUACGGUACUCUCGGUGCUGGUAAUGGGAUUCGUUUGUUUCCUACGCUCGGAUAGAUGCUGCGUAGCCAGAAAUACGGUGCCUGCGCUGCAGCAAGCUUCAAACACGAUGAUAGAGGAUCCUCGCUUAGCGGUGGAUACAAUGGAACGCAACAACCAGCAAUACGCGUCCGAGAAACGACCGAACCACGUUCUGAAACCUGUCCCGUCCCAACAGUAUCAGCAAGAGUGUUAUCAACACGAUCCACCGCACCAGCAGCAGCAUUAUCAGAGGCAUCAUCAUCAUCACCAUGGACAGCCUCACGGACCACAGUACACGCUCCAGGGGGAGCAGCUGUUUCUCAAACCAGAUCGUUUAGCAACCCUGAAGCCUCACUGCAAGAUCGAGAAGCCGCCGCAGUACACGACGUUCAAGCCGAGCUCGAACAAC